AUGGGAAGCUUAGCUCAUAUUGAGGCAGACAAGCGAACUAUGAUGAAGGAAGUCCACCGCUUAGCAAGUCUAGGAGUUCGACUCUUGGACUCCGAAGAUGGUGGCGUUGUUCUCCAGAAGAGGGUCGAAUCCUCCUUAGUAGCUGAAGUGAAGGAAAAACAGUUCAGUGAUCCCUACUUAUUGCAGUUGAAGGAGGAAAUUCACAAACACAAGACUACGACUUUUGAACGAGGGGGAGAUGAUGGUACUUUGAGGUACAGAGGCAGAAUAUGCGUUCCAGACGUAGAUGGUCUCAGAGAGCUGAUUAUGUCAGAAGCCCACAAUUCCAGCUAUCACUCUAGUAUCAAGAUGGCACCGUACGAAGCUUUGUAUGGGCAAAGGUGUAGAUCACAAAUUGGUUGGUUUGAAGUUAGAGAAGCGGAGUUGUUAGGACCCGAUUUGGUCUAUCAGGCUAUGGAAAAAGUCAACUUGAUGCAAAAGCAUUUGAAAACGGCUCAAAGUCGCCAAAAGUCCUAUUUGAACGUGCGGCGUAGAGACGUAGAGUUCCAAGUUGAUGAUUGGAAAUUCAUGGGAGACCCAUCACUUAUGGUUCCUACGGAGAUUAUAGGGGUUAAAGACAGCUUGACUUACGAAGAAAUUCUAGUGGCUAUUCUUGAUCGUCAAAUCCGCAAGCUCAGAAUUAAGGAAAUUGCUUCGGUAAAAGUGCUUUGGAGGAAUCAAAAUAUUGAAAAGGCUAUGUGGGAAGACGAAGAGGACAUGAAGUCCAGAUAUCCCCAUGUCUUUGAAGAGCAAACGGAAAAUGUGGAAGUAUUUACUCAGCUUAGUAUUCAGUGA